AUGGAGAAAUACGAACAGUUAUCCAUAGUUGGCGAAGGCUCAUACGGACUAGUGAUGAAGUGUAGACAUAGGGAAACGGAACAAAUAGUGGCGGUAAAGAAGUUCCUGGAAACAGAAGAGGACGCUACCAUUAGAAAGAUGGCUUUGAGAGAGAUCAGGAUGUUGAAAAGACUGAAGCAUGAAAAUCUGGUGACGAUGAUAGAAGUAUUCAGGCAUCGAAAACGUUUCUAUUUGGUGUUUGAAUACUUGGAAGGAACCGUUCUGGACGAGCUGGACAAAAUGCCAGGCGGAUUAGGCGAAGAAAGGACCAGAGAAAGGAUUUUUCAAGUCGCCAGAGGAAUCAGCUACUGUCACACCAACCAAAUAAUCCACCGAGACGUCAAACCAGAAAAUGUCCUGGUCUCCUCCCUGGGCGUGGUCAAGCUGUGCGACUUCGGGUUCGCGCGUAUGGUCAGCUCGGCCGGGGAAGUAUGCACGGAGUACGUGGCAACCAGGUGGUACAGGGCGCCAGAGCUGCUGGUCGGCGAGCCCAAUUACGGGCAGCCCAUUGACGUAUGGGCCAUCGGCUGUCUCUUCGCCGAGAUGAUGACGGGGGAUCCGCUUUUUCCUGGCGAAAGUGAUAUUGAUCAGCUUCAUCUCAUCGUGAAGCUGUUGGGAAAACCCUGUGCCCGCCACGAACACCUCAUGGCGAAGAACACGCAGCUCAAGGCCGCCGUCAAGCUCCAAAACCACACCGACCCGGGGGGCCUGUACGACCGCUUCCCCUCCUGGCCCUCGCUGACUGUCGACUUCCUCACCAGCUGCACCAAAAUGGACCCGCAGCACCGACUUACCGCCGACGAGCUGCUCAGGCACCGGUACUUCCAGCACGACUCGUUUCCGCAAAGGUUCGUGCCUAUGUUGAGAGAGAAGGUCGGCUUAGAGCUGAACAGUCCGCUGCUGAGGAAGUUCAAGACGGAGAUACUGAUGGCGACCGAUAAGAAGGACGAGACGAGGAGGAGAUCGAGGGACUCCAAGUGGAGGUUCACCCUGUCCGAGGGCACCAUGAAGCGCAAGCUCAGCCAGGACGUCGCCACCUUCGAUUCCUUCUCCGAAAAGAACCUUAUCACGCUGGCUAACACCGCCCAGCGGCUGCACGUGCUGCACAGGAAUGGCCAGGCGCAGACGCAGAAGGAGAAGCCGGGCAAGAGCCUCGCAGUCGACGUGCAGAUGCUGGAGAAGUCGCUGGAGAGCCUGGCCAAGGACAACAGGCAAGGGGACGGCCAGAAGGAGGAUCAUGGAGACUCUCCCUUCGUAGGGAAUCACGAAUAUGGCGACACCAACAGAUCCCCGAACAUCCAUUCGGUCCUUCAUCCCAGCAUAAACAACAUCAGUUUCACCAGAGACUCGCUGAAAAAGUCUCCAAACAUCCUACAUAGCAUCAACAACACCGGCGCGAAGCCCAAUCAGGUGCCGCUGUUGAGCAAUCCGAGGAGCCAGUUCCUGAAGAAGUUGGAGAGGAACGUCGUUGUGGAGAACAUUUUCGCUACGGGAGAUCCUGGACACGUUUUCGAUAGCGGCGCACCCUCCUGGCUGAACAGCUUCACCACCAGCCUGUAUAGGAAGAAGGAGAUGAAGACCAGGAGUGAUGAUUUCAGUUUACCGAAUCUACCAGGAGCCACUACUGGUCUUUGCAGAAGGAAAAAAAGGAGUUCACCAGAGAAGCAUAUGGACCAUUCCAACGAAAUAACACCGAAUUACAGAUAUAUGAAGACAAAAAGAAAACGUAACACCUUAGACAUUAGUUUGCCAAGUCUGGUCAGACAAAAUGAUGGUUACGUCGUCAUAUGA